UCUCCUUCCUCGCCUCUUCCCACUCACUCCUACCCUGAAUAGUUCGUUCCGUUCGAGCUGUGCCCCGAGGAGGCUUCCCCUUCCUGAUCUUCGAUUGCUUGCUCCAACAACGCGAGAAUAGUUUCCCUUCUUUAUCCCUCAAAAUGGACGAUGGUCGGAGGCCCAUUCCGGCUCCCGUGCCGGGUAGUGCGGCGGCGGCGACGAGGGAGGUCUCGGGUGCGGAGCGUCGGAAGCCGAGAGGCACCGGCGCCGAAGAGGAAAGGGCUACAAGGGUACUUCAGAUACCACAAUCCCCGCUCAUGGAAUGGACAGAUGAGAAGCACAACCUAUAUCUGAAUUCUCUGGAAGCAUCAUUCAUUAACCAAUUACAUAGCACAGAUUGUGGUUCCAGAAAACUUUUUGGAUGGUUUCCGACAAUGACACAGAAAGACAGGCAUGCAUAUGGAUCAGGCUCUAACUACAUGCUCUAUGGUCAGAAUCAGGUAAAUCUUGGAGCACUUGAAGAGGUGUCAGAUCAGAACUUUGUAGAUAUGGAUCCUGAAGCAGAGAACUUAAGCCGAUCAAUUAGGAGGAAGAGAGCCAAAAAAUAAACUUACUAAAACCUUGGAAAUUCUGUUUAGGCAAUCAAUUCUAGCAGCAUGUGAUUACUAUCUUGGUGGACUUCGAAACUUGGCCUGCAUCUGGUUGAUCAGGAGCUGAAAUGGAGUUACUGUCAAUGUUUUAUGAAUGAAAAAGAACAGAAUGCUUGCAAUAUGAGCCAUCACUAGUUGCUUUAAAUUAUGAGACACUUCUUGAAAUCCUUCAUGAGAGCUGAUGGAAACAGAAGUAAUCAUAGUAACUUAUUCAUCGA